CAAACACCCCUACGAGCAGGGAUCUUCCUAAACUUGUAAACAAAAAGCGAUCCUGGGAUCUCCCAUACAGCAGCCGCAGCCGUAUCCCCGAGCGAACCCCCCGAUCGCUCACCUCCGCCGAUGACCCCCUUCAGCUUGUGGCUGGAUUGCGCCUGCACUCAGCCCCCUGAUAUGUCCCCAGAUUGUGGGGCAACAGAAACGAACCCACCGAGAGCUUUUUACCCAGCUGACCCCCUCGGACCCGCACCGAUAAUGGAGUAGUUUGGGAUCUCGGGUGGGGUAUGUGCUGGUCUCCGUGAUCUCGCUGCACCCAGCUGGCUGCCUUGGAGAGAUAUCUGUGCCCACCACAGAAACUGGAUAAGUCAUCCAUUGCCAUGAAGUGCACUGGACUGUCUGCGAGCCAGCGCCUCGCGCUACUGCUGGAAAAUGGCCUCCAGGCUGAAGCCAGCAAAUGGAAAGCACCCGUCUUCGAGGGCUCCAAUCUUAAGGGCACAGAUAUCUCUCCAGCCAACUAUGAGCAGACAGUGUUGUGGAUAGAGGAAUUGAGGUCACUCUUUCACUUUUACCCCGAAACAUUUGGCCUGGCCGUCAGUGUUCUCAAUCGGAUGCUAGCAACUGUAAAGGUACAAGCGAAGUACCUUCGUUGUAUUGCGGUCACGUGCUUAUAUGUUGCAGCCAAAAUCAAUGAGGAAGAUGAGGUAAUACCAUCGGUGAAGAAUCUCGCUGUGCAGAGUGGGAGUAUGUGUUCCUCUGCUGAAAUAUUGAGGAUGGAAAGAAUUAUACUGGAUAAACUGCAAUGGGAUCUGUACACAGCUACCCCAGUGGACUUCUUAAACACUGUAAGAAUCUGCAGCUUGUGGAAGCAGCUUGUUCAACAAGAUAAACACAUAGGCACGCCUGCAAAUCCUAAAUAAAACCUACAUUUUAAAAGCUACUUGCUAGUUACUGAAUUACACAGAAAAAAGCC